AUGGUUCAGUCGGAAGACGCUGAAGAAGUCAAGAGGGCUGUGAGCAGGAGACCCUGGCUCGAUAAUGAUCAUAAAGCGCUGUCCCCAAGUCCUCCGAUGCGUCCGACGACAGUUCUCAAUGAAGAAGUCGACGUCUGCAGCGACUCUGCUUCGACGAAGGGAAGCUAUCCUGAAGAGAGAAGCUCGCCGCAAGAAUUCGGCGGCGAUUAUCCACGGAGAAAACAGCGGAGGUACAGAACAACGUUCACGAGUUUCCAGCUCGAGGAAUUGGAGAAAGCUUUCUCCAGGACGCACUACCCGGACGUCUUCACGAGGGAAGAGUUAGCUGUCCGGGUCGACCUCACCGAAGCUCGAGUGCAGGUCUGGUUCCAAAACCGCCGCGCCAAGUGGCGGAAACAGGAGAAAACAUCUUCUCCUACACGCGGAGAUUUCAGCUCGGCGCAAAGCCUCGCCCCGACUGGUCCUUCUUUACCUCCGAGUCCUAUCUUCACUCGUCCCACCCAUACGCCGAAUAUCAGCGUAUCUGCGCCUGCUGAGCGGAAAGACCUCAUAUUCAGGCCCUAUCUUAGUCCACCGUGUCUUCCAAUGGCCGCGAUGCCUUCGCCCUUGAUGGCGAAUCCUUUCAUCCACUCCCUCCCAGCAUUCAACCCGUUCCUACCACCAGCCCUUUCAAGCCUGUACGCCAACUCGAGCAUUCAGUCUUGGUUCCAAGCGAUGCAAACUCAGUCCGCACCUUUAAAAAUUGGCCAAUCGGACCGCAGCCAACCCGAACUGGGCAACUUGGGUACACCACAUGUCCGAGCUCAAAGUUCACCACUGAGAGCGCAGUCGCCGCUCCAAGUUCCGAAGUCUAGUCAAGACGGCAGCGCUCAGGACGAUGAAGAGUCAAGGGAGACCGACAAGUAG